AUGUUGUCCGGUCUCCAGAACCCGCGGCAGGCUGCCGCGCAGCUUAUGAACUUUGCGCUGAUACUGUCAACCGCAUUCAUGAUGUGGAAGGGCCUUUCAGUAGCCUCCGACUCUCCCUCGCCGAUCGUCGUCGUCCUUUCAGGCUCCAUGGAACCAGCCUUCCAACGCGGCGAUCUCCUCCUACUCUGGAACCGAAACGUAUGGCAAGAGACGGCGGUGGGCGAGGUUGUCGUAUACAAUGUCAAAGGCAAAGAUAUCCCGAUUGUACACAGAGUGGUUCGCAAAUUUGGAACUGGUGACAAGGCCAAGCUUCUCACGAAAGGCGACAAUAACAACGCCGAUGACACAGAUCUCUACGCACGAGGCCAGGACUACUUAGAGCGCAAGGACAUUAUUGGCAGUGUGGUUGGAUAUUUCCCUUUCGUAGGAUACGUCACAAUCCUGCUAUCGGAACACCCAUGGUUGAAGACGGUCAUGUUGGGUAUAAUGGGCCUCUUGGUGAUGAUUCAGAGAGAAUAA